AUGUCGCCUUUGCAGACUGCUGCGACCUAUGGUCACACAGCCGUCUGCGAGAUCUUACUUAAGCGCGGCGCAGAUGUGAUGGACGAUAACCAAAAGAAAGGUACUGCGUUUUUCCAAGCAGUGGCGUUUGGGAGAUUGGAGACAGCACAGGCGCUCUUAAGGCGUAAUCAUGCCCAACUCGACCUGCCUUGCAAAAACAACUGGACAGCUCUGCACAAAGCCUCCGAUGCUGGCGCUGAGGAUCUGGUCCAGUUUCUGUUGUCUUCAGAAGCUUCUGUCAAUGCUAGAGAUCAAGGUUAUAGAACGCCUUUGCAUCUUGCGUCUAAGAAGGGUCAUACAGCCAUUAUGCGGUUACUGGUACUGGCAGGAGCUGACGUCAACGCCUCAUCACGAGAAGAAGCACCAAUCGACCUAUCCACGACUUUUGGUCACACAGACGCGGUUCAUUACCUCAUCGAUCAAGGUGCGACGUUGAACCAUCGGGGACGUGACGGCUGGACACCCCUUCACCGCGCAUGCCGAGGCGGUUAUGUAGACAUUGUGAAGCUAAUGCUUCGACAUGGCGCAGACAUCUCUAUCAGGAAUCACCGACAAACUACAUGCUUGUUCAACGCUUGCCGGUCUGGUAGGAUCGAGGUUGUCCAGGCUAUCAUGGAGCACAAUCCGACCCUACAGCAAGACCUUCUCAAGCAAAAAGAUCACAAGCAGAGGAGUGCUCAAGAGAUCGCUUACACAACAGCACAUAUGGAUAUCUACCAAUAUUUAGAGAACUUGAGUCAUCUUCAUGAGCCUCAACGUCUCACAGAACCCCACCCAGUGAAUAAUCUCGCCCGAGCAAUCGAGACUAAGCAGAUUGGUACUGUUCAAUUGAUCUUAGCGCAAGAUCCGGAGCUUCUGCACCUACCAGAUGCAUCUGGUCAAUAUCCAAUCCAUACAGCUUUUGUAUGGAGUGCUCCCGACAUAGCUAAGUUUCUGCUCCGUUCAGGUGCGUCCAUACACGCGAUAGGGUUUCAUAACUGGCAACCUUUGCAUAUUGCAACGGCAGUUGGCUCUCUGGAAUUGACUAACCUAGCACUCUCACAUGGCGCUAAUCUUAAUGCAAGAACAAGUACAGGCCAGACGCCUCUACUGAAGGCAGCGUCGUCUGGUUCUCUCGAAGUUCUACAGCGGCUACUCGAAGCUGGUGCUGAUAUUCGUGCUCGCAACAGUACGGGCAUGACCUGCCUGCACGUUGCGGCAAGCAAGAACUUCAUAGAGGGCGUGAGAGAACUGCUCGAGCCUGAAUGGGGGGCUCAAGAUCUUGUUCGAGUUCGAGACCAGUACGAAAGGCUACCUCGAGGUUGGGCGACUCGAAGCGGUCGCCUAGAAGUAGCUACAUACCUCCGCUUACAGGAAAAAAUGGUCGACAGCUCUGGUAGACCGGAUCUCCACCGUCUAAGUAGUUCCCGUUCAGGCACGAUAGGAGCAGACUCCGAUGCUGAAUGA